GUGAAUACUGACCUAGAAGAAAAAUGACUACAUUUACAGAUAAACCUUCUGAGAUUGGAAAGCAAGAAUGGUUAGAAAAACUGGAAAACGUCCAUCUUCCCCGUACGAACAUGAAUCGUCUAGUGAUGAAUUAUUUAGUAACUGAAGGUUUCAAAGAAGCGGCUGAAAAAUUCGCGCUGGAGGCAGGAUUCAAAGCACCUGCUGAACUGGAGAGAUUAGAUGAAAGAAUCAAAAUUCGUGAUGCCAUCCAGGCUGGAAAGAUUCAAGAAGCCACUGCCUUGGUUAACCAACUGCAUCCAGACCUACUUGAUUCAGACCGUUACCUCUUCUUCCACCUCCAACAGCAACAUCUUAUUGAACUCAUCAGACAGAAAAAUAUUGAAGAAGCGCUGAAAUUUGCUCAGGAACACUUAGCUGAAAGGGGAGAACAAAAUCCAGCCAUACUAGGAGAAUUAGAAAGAACUCUGGCACUUUUGGCAUUUGAUGAUCCGGAAAAGUCCCCAUUCGGAGAUUUGCUCCACCCUUCACACCGCCAGAGAGUGGCAAGCGAGUUGAAUGCGGCUAUCUUAAAAGCGGAGCAUCGUGAAUCUACCACACCUCAACUUGUCUCCUUGAUGAAAUUGGUCAUGUGGUCUCAAGAUCAGCUUGAUCAGAGAAAAGUGGGUGCCAAACUGUCAGAAUACUUCUCUGAACUAGUGUCAGGAAAAAGUUGAAUUGGUUAAAUAUCCGCGACUAACGGACUUGGCACGCGCCACGCUGGAUGACCCGAAGUAAUUGAAAUUGUUUCAGCUCCACUGACCUCGUCCCAGUUCUUGUUUGUUCUCUCCCAUCGACAAAUUAUCUUCACAAAUCUCUCUUUAAUCAAAUGAUUCAUCGGAAUACAGAAACGUUAAAACAUA